AUGUCAGAUCCUAAUAUCGCUUUCUAUGGCUUCACUCCCGUACCAAGAGAUCCCGGAGUCCUUUUCGCUAAUCAUCCAACAGCGAGCGGUGACUGCCCUAAGCAAGAUUAUUUCCAGGCGGAAGAUUUUCCCAUUCCCGAGUCAGUGCUUGUGAAUGAUGUUACAACGUUCGUCAAAAAAGAGCUUGACGAGCAAACGUUCAACCACAGCAAUAGGGUCUAUAUCUACGGUGUUGCUCUGACAAAAACCCACUUCCCGCAUUGGUCAUACGACCUCGAAACGUACUAUCUCGCCUGUCUUUUGCAUGACAUAGGUACUGCAGAAAGGUAUCUGUCGACCACAAAGCUGUCGUUUGAAUUUAAAGGCGCUAUCGUCGCCCGUGAUCUACUACUUCAAUUGGGAGGUGUCGAGGAUCAAGCGGACUCCGUAUGCGACGCGAUCGUGCGACAUCAGGAUAUUUUUGUCAAAGGUGGGAAUAUCACGAUGAUUGGACAAAUUUUACAGCUUGCCACGAUUCUAGACAACGUAGGAUUACGCGCCAAUCUUAUACAUUCCCGCUUGAUCGAAACGACCGCUGCUGCCUUUCCACGAAAAGGCUGGUCGGAGCACUUCGCUCGCGUCGUCGAAUCGGAGCUCAGGCUCAAGCCCUGGUGCCAUACUUCCACGUUUGAAGUUCCCAACUGGAGAGAAGGCGUGGAAAGUAACUUCGCUAGGGAUGUUAGAGGAAAUAGUGUGAUGAAGCCCUUUGAUUGA